GAAACGCUUGCCAAACUUGUUUGCUAUAACUCUCGAAUACGAAGCUCCCCAUGUGCGUGUAAUGUGAUCGCAACUGGGACUGGGAAGUCCCGUCCACACAUCUAAGAAAAACCCGCGGUAUAUCAGCCAGAAUUGAUAAGCACACAGAAAUAAACAACGCAGUGGUUAUUACGGAUCAGUCGAUCGUUGUAAGUGCAAAACGCCAGUAGUGGUUGCGAGAGAAAUGGCAUCUAGUUUUAACUUUGGGGCGAUUUUGUUGAUGACCCUGCUGGCUGCUUGUUUCAGCGAGUGCUUCCAUUUCCCCGAUAAAGCCCAGCUCGAGCUGAGUGAUGUGUUGAACAAAAACUGUGGCGUGACGGCUUACGAGGAUCGAGAUCGUCCGCCCUAUGGCCGUUUCCAAGAAACGCCCUGGUUGGCACUGUUCUACUACCCGGAUGAUACGGUUCACUUCUGUCACGGAACGUUGAUCACCCCAAAUCACGUCCUGACAACCGCCGUCUGUGCGAAUAACGUUGCCGUGAAUGAUACCAUCAUUGUUUUGGGUGAAUAUGAUUUGAGCACCGAUCAGGACUGCGAGGGAAUAAAAUGUGCCGAUUCGGUCCAAAAGAGACUGGUGAAGAGCACGACGGUACACCCGGAUUAUAAUAAGGACACAUUCGAGAAUGACAUAGCCGUUGUUAUACUCAAUAUGGAUGUGGCACUGAGUGAAUCAAUCACACCCAUCUGCUUGCCGCUGAUUAAGUUCGAAAUCGGAACCAUCAACCAGCCGAAUGUGUACAACACUCUCUGGACGACCGAGGCUCGUCCCCAGCAGCACUGGAUGCGCUACGUCGAGCUGGACGAAUGCAAUAAGCUGGUCGGGGAUCGAAUCCAGCUGCACGAGGGUCAAAUUUGUGCACGGAGCUUCAACAACAAAACAAUCGAGAUGAUCGGUGGGGCCGGUUCGGCAUUGGAGGUCGAAUACCACAGCCGUACCUAUCAGGUGGCAAUGCUUUCCAUAGGGAUUCUUGACGCGGAGCCGGGAACUCCGUACGUGUAUGUCGAUGUCACAAAGUAUGUGAAGUGGAUCCACAAUAUGGUCAAGAAUAAUUGAACGAUCGACCGACUGAUCGUAUAUUUUUAA